CUAGCUCUGCUCAUAUCGCUCUACUCAGUAGUUUUGCGGUUUACAGCGGUUUUUAACCGCUUGACUCAUUUGAGGUUAUAACAAAGAUUAUAACAAAAAGUGUAAUAAAUUAGUAUAGGUACAUUAAGAAAUAAAGUAAAACGAAUACAAAUGGCCACUCUUGUUAGUUUUUCGAAUAAUUAAAACCGUGAAAUAUUACAAAAUCGUAUACCUACUUUGUAACAGGGUAGAUGCGCAUGCGUGUGGGGUAACCGCAAAAAGAAACCGCUAGGUAGUUGGUCAGAAUUGCUUUUUCUUUUCCUUGUUCAGUAUUCAGUCGAUCGUUGCGAAGUAUAGUCGUGUUGUGUUCUCGUUUAAUUAAAAUUAUCAAAUUAUGUCGUCAAGCGAGUCUGAAUCAGUAUCAAAUGCAGAGUACGAGUGUUUAUCACAAAAAAUUAUAAUGGAAGUGCAAAAAAGGCCGCCAUUAUACGAAAAGUUACGUUCUCAAGGUGAAAGGAAUUUAAAAAAUAUGCUUUGGGAGGAAGUCUAUCAAAACCUUGUAAAUAAUUGGACGAAACUAUCGGAAGAGGAGAAGCAAAGGAAAGGUGCGAUAAUACAAAAGAAAUGGAAGAAUAUACGUGACUGUUUUGCUAAAGAGUUAGCAAUGCGACGCCGGAAAUCUAGCCACGGCGUUAUAAAGAAGAAAAAAUACAUUCAUUACGAUUCCCUACAGUUUUUGAUACCGUCUUUACAGAAGAGGGAACGUAGAAACAGCAGAAAUAUUGAUUUGACGUCACAAAACAGUACUGAUGUUGAAUUAUGUCAAGAUAUUUCUCAAACGAACGGGAAUACAAUAUCACCGUGUAAAAAUACAUCUAAAAAACAAACGAAUGUUGAAGAAAAUAGUGAAUACGACGAAGACGUAAACUUCUCGAAAAUGCUCGUCCCAAUGCUACGGAAACUUAAUGAUGACCAGAAACAUUAUGCCAAGAUAGAAAUCUUGAAUAUUUUGCAUAAAGCCAAAUCUUUUAACCCGUUAGAGCCGAACAGUUAUGUGCAGCUUGAGUGGACUGGCUCUAUCGCAGAAGUACCAAUCAAUGUAAAACAAGAAACGUCGAAGUAAUAUUAUUGUUUCAUAUUUAAAAUAUAUCGUGGCAGGCAGGCUCAAAAGGAGAUGGCGGGACGAACUAGAUAUCUAU